UAUUCUUGUCCAACAUCUCGAGUUUUCCGCUCCGAUAUGUGCCAUGUAAGCGGACAUUUUGACCGGGCGGCGCUGAUUCUUCACUUCAUCUCUUCUUCGCCCUCUUCCCCCUCGACAGAGUCCGGCACCAAGGACCUACACAGUUCACAGUACCAGGUAUCCACUGGUUCCCUGCCCUGCCGUGAGCGGCAACAGAGCUCCUGUACCACACCGUCGGAUCUGGGGCGAGAGUUUGGUUGAAGGUCCGGUCCAGUCCGUCCGAACAUGCCCGACUCGCCGCACCCAGGCACGGCGCCGGCGCUGGCGCCGCCCACGGUGCUGGCGCCUAACCUCGAGUCGGAACUCACUUGCUCGAUCUGCACCGACCUGCUCUACCAACCGCUCACCCUCCUCGACUGCCUGCACACCUUCUGCGGCGCCUGCCUCAAGUCCUGGUUCCACUUCCAGGCCGCCCGCGCCGAGUCGGCCCCGGGCCCGCCGCCGCCCCCGGGAGCCGCCAUCUUCACCUGCCCCAGCUGCCGCGAGCGGGUGCGCGACACCCGCCACGACGCCCGCGUCGUCAGCCUGCUGGACGUCUUUGUCGCGCUGAACCCGGGCCGCGGGCGGACCGAGGCGGAGAAGAAGGAACUCGACGCCCGCUACACGCGCGGCGAGAGGGUGCUGCCGCGCCUGAGCUUCGAGGACCGCUCCGAGGAGGAGAGGCGCGCGGAUGAGGAGGAGAGGAGGCUGAUUGAGGAGGUGCAGCGGGUCAGUCUGAGGGAGGCGACCGAGCGGGCUGUGGGUGGGGGGAGUAGUAGGGAGCGGAGUCGCGCCGCGGGGGAUAGGAGGAGGAGGGUGGAAAGCGCGGCGCUGGGGGUGGAGGUGGACGGGGAUGCCGGGAGGCGAAGGAGGAGCGAGUCGAGACAGAGGGAAAGGAGGCCGGCGGGCGGCGAGCAGCGGCAUGUGGAGCAUCAGUCCUCGUUGAGGAACUUGAUCAGCUCGCACGGGAUGGACGCGAGGGAUAUCGAGAGGGAGAUCGAGGAGUUUGCGCGCCAAAUCCAGGAAGAAGGCCUGCUGGACGGCGUGGACCUGGACAGCAUAGACUUGGAGAACAACGACGAGCUGAGCCGGAAGAUCACCGAGGCGUACAGGCGACGACAUCGCGAGCGGAGAAGGGACGGCGGAAGGCGGAGCAACGCGAGCGCACACUCGCACCAGUCCGACGCUUCGACGAGGGCCAGGUCCCGGACGGGCGACGCAUCGAGGCCGACGAGUAGGCACACGACGCAUUCCAGGGCGCCGAGCUCCAGCAGCAACGAGGAGCGCGGCCGGUAUCCGCCUUCGAGCUCAGUGCGGCUCGAGGUCCAAGAGCCGUCGAGGAGACGGAGAGCUUCCAGCAGUGGCGGCCGGAGCGCCACCCUGCCGGUUGUCACAGUCCAGCCCGAUGUCGCGGUUGGGACACGCGCGCAGACGGAUCUCGCUUCGAGGUCGGGCACUACCGACUCGCAUGUCAGGAGACCGAGCAGCGGCGUUGACACCAGAAGCUCCAGCUCGCCUACGACCGCCACGGCCCCCGCCUCCUCCCGGGUGGACUCACCUGCAGCCCGCGGGCUCCCCUUCAGUGCUCGCGCGGCUGGGGGGUCUGGACAUCCCCCGUCGCAACCGGAAGCGCCGUCGAGUGUAGCUGCUGGCAGGAAGAGAUCCGACAGGCCUGCAGCGCUCGACCUCUGCCCAGAAUCGCCGACGCCGGGCUCCGGCUCGGCACCGGUCAGUCCCGCCCUCGCCUCGCCGCCCUCGGCGUCGCCCCGAGCACAGCAGCUGCCGCGCUACAGAGAACCGGCGAUCAACUGCGAUAGGUGCUCCAAGGAGCACAUCGAAUAUGAGCUCCACUUCAACUGCGCGGUCUGCCACAACGGCGAGUGGAACAUCUGCCUCGACUGCUGGCGCCGGCGCAAGGGCUGCCUGAACUGGUUCGGCUUUGGCCAGGCCGCCUGGGCGCGCUGGGAGAAGCACAACCAGACGGGCCCGCCCAUUCCGCCGCCGCACAUGCUUGUGGGCCACCGGUACCUCCGGCCGAAACACGCCGCCGUCGCUCCCGACGGCCGCCGCGCUGUGACGACCGAGAACCCGCUCGACCGGCUCCAAAGCGGCAUGUUCUGCAGCCGGUGCGCCGCCUGGGCCAACGACUGCUUCUGGCGCUGCGACGUGUGCAACGACGGCGAAUGGGGCUUCUGCAACAACUGCGUCAACCAGGGCAACGCCUGCAGCCACCCGCUGCUCGCCCUCGCCUACCACCCACCGCCCACUUCUCCAACAACCACCUCCUCCUCCUCCCGCUCACCCGCUUCACCGAACCUCCACCCCGCCAUCACCGUCCCCGCGUCGGCAGCAGCAGCAGCAGGAAGAGGAGGAGGAGGAGGAGGCACCUUCCACCCACUAAUCCCCACCCUGCCCUGCGCAGGCUGCCGCAACCCCAUCCUGCCGUCCGAACCGUACUACUACCACUGCCCCGUCUGCCCGUCCAACCUCCCGCACCACUCCUCCUCCUCCUCCUCGUCCCCCAAACCCGACGAUAGUCCCGCGCCUCCCGCGCCGCCGCCCGGCGAGUACAACCUCUGCGAGACGUGCUACGCGGCGCUGAUCGGGGCGGGCGCCGUGGCGGCCGAGAACGGGCCGGACGGGUGGCGCCGCUGUCCGAGGGGUCAUCGCAUGGUCGUGGUGGCGUUCGUGCCGGAUGAGGUGGGGGAGGGGAGGGGCCAUAGUAAUAAUAAUAACAGCGGCGGUAAUGGUGGUGGUAAUAGUAGUGGUGGUAGUGGUGGUGGUGUGCUGCGGCGGCGGACCGUCCUGCGGGAUCUGGUCGGCGGGCGCAGGCUGCGAGUCGAGGACUAUCACCACCACCACCCCGGCCAAGGAGGCCAAGGAGGGGGCGGCGAGGGGUCGCGGGCGGCGCUGCGGGUGUGUUCGUGGCGGGAGGAGGGGAGCGGGCGGCGGAUGGAGAGGGUCAUGACGCGGGAUGUCGCGGACGAGACGGAGGGUGGGCUGGAAGGAGGCGCGUUUCCGCCUGACGGCGGGACGGGAUGCUCGGCGGUGGCUGGGUGGGGGUGGAUUCCGGCCGAGGGGGUCGAGGAUGAGCUGAUGUUUCCGAAGGGGGCCGAGAUCUUGGAGGUGGAGGACGUGAAUGGGGAGUGGUUCCAUGGGUUUUACAUGGGCGCGCAGGGCCUGUUUCCGGCGCCGUAUGUGCGCCUCGUGGGGAAGGCGACGACAGGAUAGGAUACCCCGUAGUUCGGUUGGGCACAUAGUAUGUGAUCAAGGC